UUGUCAACAGGUUUCUGGGCACUGGCACGGGCACUGUUCCACAUCUAACAAUCAGCUCUCUCUCUAAAGCUGCACAGAGUCACUCACUCACAUGGAGACAUUUGUCAGACUUUAGCUCAGUUUUUGUUUUCAUUUGGUGGAUUGUAUUUUCCGUUGAAGAACAGUCAAAGAUGAUUAAGACCAUGAUCCAACAAGUGAAGAAACACCCAGGGUUAAUCCCUCAAUUUGUCUUCACGACUCUGGGCAUCACCGGGGCCAUCCUCUAUCUGAUCCGUCUGUCAAGAGGGCCUCAUGUCACCCUCUGGAACAAGAACAAGAACCCAGAGCCCUGGAACGGGCUUGACCCGACCUACCAGUACAAGUUUGUGGCCAUUGACACAGACUACAAGAACCUGAAGAAAGAGGGCCCUGACUUCUAAAGGUCCUCCAGCAGGCUCCGGCUGCUCGAGGUUUGGCAGGACCCCCCGCUGGCCCCUCACUGAUGUGAAACGUCUUCCUCUACAUUUCCUCAGUCCCACACCGUGCUCUGAAUUAACACUGUUACCUUGUGAAUAAAAAUG